AUGCGACUACCUAGGAGCGCGUAUCUUCCGCGACGAACAGUGCCCCCGCCCCUUGCCUCUCUUCCCCUUCUUCUCGCCUCUACAGCCGCUCUGUUCACUCAACAUGCCUUUGCAGCACACGAGGACUCGAUAACCCAUAAGGAUGACAACCACCCACGAUCACAUAGUGCUUUUGAGGUUGAUGUAGGACAUAAUCUAGAAAGAUAUGAGCCAGAGUUCGCUGGCGCUGAUCGAAGCAUCAUCGGCAGAGCUGGAGAAGUCAUUCCAGCAUUGGGGAACAAUGCCCCAGGCAUCCUGAAUAUUGGUCAAAGCGCUAGCCAAUACUGGACUUUUCCCAGUACAACGUUAUUUGGACCCAACUCGCCUCAGACACCUGGCCUUCCAUCAUACUUCGAGGGGCAAAACGUCUCUGUCACUCCAGAUGCCCCAGGCGAAAUAGAACUCUACAUAAGUCUUACGACUUGCGAGCAGCCGCUUGCGACAGACCCUAAUCAAACUGCUGCCCCACAUCAGUUGAUGCUCUACGUUUCAACAUCUUCCAACAAUCAACAGCCUGAUCAGAACAAUUGUGAUCAUGUCGUGCUAAUUGUUGGGGGCUUUGGCUGGUUGAACAUAUCCGUCAAGAAUGAUGUAUAUUUUGGGGUCUAUGCUCCUGCAAAUGAGGGCUAUGAUGGGGUCUAUAACUAUCAGCUCACGGCAUCUAUUGAUGACUUUUAUGCCUCUUCAUACAGCGACCCCAAUGUUUAUAUUGUUGAUAGCGACACAAAUUCCGCGCUCCUCUACACGAAGAAUACAACCAGUACCACGCAUUCCUCAAAUCCUACGUUUCAGCAAUGGAUGAACAGACCACCAGUGUUUAGCUUGUUCGUGCAGAAUCAGGACAAUCCUUCCAUACUCGGCGUGCAGAACUCAGUAUGCGGAUUGCAAAAUCUGGCACAGAUCCAAGGUCCCCCAGAUGUCGAAACUGUUAUGACAGCAGCUGGUGAUAGCCUACCAAAACAACAAUUCUAUGUAAAGAAUCUUAACUGGAGCUCGAAAUAUUACGCCGUAGCAGCUAUGAUUGGCAACUCCACAGACCAAGGGUCCGGCGUCGUGGGUGGUGGAGGCACAGUGUGGAACCCAUCAAAUAUCACGACCAAGUCUUACGACAAUUGCGCCCUUCUCUUCAACCUGCCCUUUUGCACUUCCGUUGCAUACGCUGCUCCGGCUAAUCCUAAAACUUUCAACUCAACAGAACUUCUCGCUCAACACCAAUCCUUUAAUCCUAGACGUGAAAUCAAGUUCCGAGACUUGUGGCAGGAUAUGUGGAAAGGCAAAGGCAAGCAGGACGGUCAUGGGCUACCAUUCCGGCCUAUAGUGCCUCUGACAGACUCUUUCCUGGACACGAGACUUCCGUCACUGCCGGAUUGGCUGGCUGCUAGAGCAUUUUAA